GCCUCUUUUUCACCACCCAUUAACGACUUUUGCUACUCCUGCUUUUCCCCUCAAAAUGCUCCAACCAAUUCUUCUCCUUCCUCCCCUUCUGUUAUUCCUGCCAAUUACACUCUGUCAAACUCCUUCGCUCUCUCCUAUCCUCUACCUUCUCUUAUACAUGCCUUAGAUUUUACCGCCCUUUUUUCACCCCAAAAUCUGCACAAAAAAUUUCCUUGCUCCCUCCCUCACCCCUUCCUCACCAUGGGUAACUGCUGUUCCCAUGGAAGCAAGGAAGAGAAACCCACUAAGCCAGACCAGAAUGCCAAUCCUGCCGCCAUGUCCAAUCCUGCAGCCAUGUCCAACCCUGCGGCCAUGGCUGCAACUGGUUCUCCUCCUACCCAGGAGCCAUCUGCUCCAUCCAACCACUCUCCUCCAGCCAACCCGACUCAGAGUACGGGAAGGCCACCUGCAAAACCAGCACCGCUUGGCCCUGUUCUCGGCCGCCCCAUGGAAGAUGUACGUAUCACCUACACGAUUGGGAAGGAACUUGGUCGCGGUCAAUUUGGGGUAACCCAUCUCUGCACCCAUAAGGUUACAGGCGAACAGUUUGCCUGCAAAACAAUUGCAAAGAGGAAACUCACCAACAAGGAGGAUGUUGAGGAUGUCCGCCGUGAGGUACAGAUAAUGCACCAUCUCACAGGGCAGCCAAACAUUGUUGAGCUCAAAGGUGCCUAUGAAGAUAAGCAUUCUGUUCACCUGAUACUGGAACUUUGCGCUGGGGGAGAGCUCUUCGACAGGAUUAUUGCAAAAGGAUACUACACAGAGCGGGCUGCCGCUGCGCUUCUGCGCACCAUCGUCCAGACGGUUCACACGUGCCAUUCCAUGGGGGUUGUUCAUCGUGACCUCAAGCCGGAAAACUUCUUGCUGCUCAGCAAAGAUGAAGAUGCACCCCUUAAGGUCACAGACUUUGGCCUCUCUGUUUUCUUCAAGCCAGGGGAAGUGCUGAAGGACAUUGUUGGCAGUGCAUACUACAUUGCGCCGGAGGUCUUGAGGAGGAGAUAUGGACCUGAAGUUGACAUUUGGAGCAUUGGAGUAAUGUUGUACAUACUUCUCAGUGGUGUUCCCCCCUUCUGGGCUGAAUCAGAGCAUGGAAUUUUCAAUGCAAUUUUACGAGGCCACAUUGAUUUCACAAGCGAUCCAUGGCCAUCAAUAUCAGCUGGCGCAAAAGACCUAGUCAGAAAGAUGCUUAAUGCUGACCCCAAGCAGAGACUGACAGCAUUCCAAGUUCUCAAUCAUCCAUGGAUAAAAGAUGACGGAGAAGCACCAGACAUACCACUGGAUAAUGCGGUCUUCAACAGACUCAAGCAAUUCAGAGCAAUGAACAAGUUCAAGAAAGUUGCUCUCAGGGUGAUAGCUGGUUGCUUAUCAGAAGAAGAGAUAAUGGGAUUGAAAGAAAUGUUCAAAAGCAUGGAUACUGAUAACAGUGGAACCAUCACCUUUGAAGAACUGAAGCAAGGACUAGCAAAACAAGGAACAAAGCUUUCUGAAAUGGAAGUCAAACAGUUAUUGGAAGCGGCUGAUUCUGAUGGCAAUGGAACAAUCGACUAUGAUGAAUUCAUCACAGCAACGAUGCACUUGAACAGAAUGGACAAGGAAGAUCACUUAUAUACGGCAUUCCAGUACUUCGAUAAGGAUAACAGUGGAUAUAUCACCACAGAAGAGUUGGAGCAAGCGUUGAGAGAGUAUGGCAUGCACGACGGGAGAGAUAUCAAGGACAUCAUAGCAGAAGUAGAUGCUGACAAUGAUGGAAGGAUCAACUAUGAUGAAUUUGUUGCUAUGAUGAGGAAAGGCAACCCAGAAGCGGUCCCAAAGAAGCGCAGGGAGUCAUUUUCUGAAACCCCAUCAAGAAAAGAAUAGAACGAUUUCAUACUUUGUGAGUCUGUGCUUCUUCUGUACAGCACCAGGCAGGCUUUCUGCAAAGAAGGGGGAUCUAUCAUGUUGCCUGUAAAGAAAUUCAUUAUCAUUCUCGUCUGGCUUAAAGAACAAUGUAUAAUAGGGCUUUCCUUGGAGAGGCAAGUGUGUGGAGGGGUGAUUCUUGAGGAAAUAGUAAAACAGAACAGAACAUAGAUCUAAUACGGAAAUUUGUUCCUCUAUAAGUUCUUCGGUGCUUUUAGUGUUAUAUUUCCUAAAGAUAUCUUUCCUCUUUUCCAUUUCCAGAUCGCCAAUGUACACCAUUGGAAUAUUGCAACAUUGCAGACGCGGCGUGGACCAAUUGCACAGCACGACCAUUCAUCAUCACCGAGACAAACUGGACAGCAAACUGCGCACUCGAACUAGUACUCUUUGGCAUGAGAGAUCUUUAAAUGCGAAUUCGGCAAACUAAAAUUUUAGAGCGGCAUCAUGAUAAUAACUGUAACUCGCUUAGAACUCAAAAGAAUUCAGAGACACAAAUGCAAACAAAGCACACGCAUACACCGAAACGAGGAGAUAUCCAGUUUCAAAUGAUCCGUGUGCAUUCGCAUUUCUAAGCAUAAACUCCAGAGGCCGCCUUCAAUAAAGAGUGACCUCAGAAUCGAUUUAUAGCUUGCGAAAACAUUACAACCACAUAGGCGGCGGAAGCAAAAGACUUAAUUCAUAUUCUUUUCAACUUCUAGGCCGGACGUGUCCAUAUUUUUGUACCUAUGAAAAGAUAUUCCAAUUUUAUUAUUUACAUGUUUUGAAUUAAAAUCCGGCAGCCUCCUUGGACAAGCAAUUGACUUCUUUUGAAUGUCCCGGUUUGGAAGAUGAAGGCUCCUCGGAAGGAGGCUUGUCAUGGCCUAUAAUUACAAAGAAAGGGGCAAACCUUGUAGCUAUGGAAGCGACGGUUGCUGUUGCUAUUGUGGUGGAGACCAAGGAGGAAACCGCAAUUUGAUGGAAGCAAAUCAAUGUGGCACAAGGUUUUGCCAAGCCCAUGAUCGAUCGAGAGGCCAUUAUACAUAUAGUAGUAAUGAAACCAUCUCAAUUUAAACUUUUUUAUUGAGAAAUCCAGAAAAAUCUCUGCUUCCACCCCAACAUGCGGCUGUUCCUGAUGGCUGCCCACAAUCUUAUCCCAAGAAGAGUUCCCCCUAGAAAUCCACAUCUUGUGAGCCGAAUCGCUUCUCUCGAAUAUUAGGGAAAUCCAGAACUGUUUGUCAAA